CAUGGCUACUCUCCAAGCCAACUGCGACGAUCGCCUGCCAAUCUGGCUUUGCGUAGCCGCAAAUGUCUGUGGAUAUGUGAGCAAUACAAUCUGGUUUAUCGUUCUCCUCCCACAGAUUAUUAAAAACUACCGUCGAAAAUCCACUGCUGGUCUCAGCUUUAUUUGGGCCUCUUGUAAUUUCUGCGCCAGUCUCAUCAACCUUUUUUUCAUACUCGACAUCGACGUCCCAUUGUUUACCAGAAUAAGUGGAUGGUACAUGCCGAUACUCGAAAUUGUGAUGCUCUUCCAGUUUGUACUAUACUCCAAAGUAUCAAUGUCCAGAAAGCUCCCGCUUGUCUUAAUCUCUUUGACAAUAUAUUCAGCAGUUAUAGCCGUGGAAUGCACGAAAGCAUUUGGUGAAGACACAUCGUCCAAGCUCGUGUGGGUGUCAAUUGUACUUUGGUCCAUCGAGACAUACUUCCAAGUCUUAUUGAACAUGAAAAGGCGAUCUGUUGAUGGCCAGUCAUACAUAUCUCUGGGGUUAUCUUUGAUGGGCAAGACCACCGAUGUCAUCAUGCAAUUCACAUUGAAAAUGCCUUUGCAGUAUACAUACAUGACAUAUUUUUCUUCAACAUUGGCAUAUUUCAAUAUCAUACAACUAGUCAUAUAUACCCCGCGUAGAUGGUACACCACACUUGUAGUGUCUACAUUAAGUCUUAUGCUCUGUGUAUUCGUAGUACUUCUAAUACUUAGAACAUCUAUACUCAGUAUUUUAUGUCCAAUUGGUAUUUCAGUGUUCCUUAUUGGAGGGUUCAUAACGAUACGCCGCCAAUUCCACAAAGAGACCACACAAUCCAAGCUUAGCUCCGCGGGAGAAGAAGAGGAUAGUAUUAAAUAAAAUAAUCUUUGUUUUUCCAG